AUGAAGCCCAUACUUUCCCCACUUGCAAUCCUACCCGUCUUCUCUAUGAUCGUAAUAAACACAGCUGAAGCCCAGGAUUUAGAAGAUGCCGAAUCUCGGGACAGCAAACUACCUCACUACCUCAGAGACGAUGGCAUCAAGCGAGUAAUCGAUCUAGACAGGAAUAACUUCGACCGUACGCUCAAGCAAAGCAAAAUGCUAGUACUGCUCUUCUAUCUCUCGUCUAGAUCCCACCCCGACUCCGAGAAGCUUUGGAAAUCGGACAGGCAAAUGCUCGAGGUGGUAGCUCGCAUACUCCAACCCCAGGGCGUGACCGUGGCUGCCGUUAAUGUUGCGGAGGAAUAUGAACUAGCUCAAAAACUCGGGGUGAAAUUCUCAGGCGCCAUUUCCGUAUUUCAUAGAGGCAAACGCGUAGAGUACUACGGACACAGAUCUGCCGAUGUUCUGGUUACAUUUCUUCAUAAGAUGUUUGACCCCCCAGUAACUAAUAUUGAUAACAAAAAGCAGAGAACGUUGUUAGAAGAUGCCGAGGGCACUAAAGUUGUAGGUUAUUUUGAUCUGGAGAAUCCACAAUUUAAAGAAUUCGAGGAAGCUGCCAAGAACUUUCAACCCCUUAUUCCAUUUUAUGUUGUCACUGAUAAAAAGAUUGCCAAAUCAAUGAGAUUGAAAAAACACGGCAGUAUACAGCUACAUAAACCGCAUGAAAAACCAGUAUUAUAUCCGGCCAAUGAGCCAAUAAAAGAAAAAAAUAUCAACAAAUUUGUACAAAGUAAUAAAAGACAGAUUAUUACUAAAAUUCGCCUUGAAGAUAUACAUGAGACAUGGUCGUCUAAAGUAGAGGGUUAUCUAGUCACUGCAUUCGUGAAACCCAAAACUAUAGAAGGCGCUCAGUUCUUCUCCUUGGUGAGGUCGCUUGCAAAAGCUUACAAGAGUAACGAGAAGCUAUCAUUUGUAUGGGUGGACCCGGAUCCCUUUCCCAUGAUGCGUGAUUACUGGCAGAAGUCAUACCGAAUAGACGUCAGUUCUCCUGCCGUGGGAGUAGUAGAUCCUAAAUUGAACAAAAGCACGUGGUUUAAGAAAAAAGGGAAGGAAACAAAACUUCGCCAUCUCCAGGAAUGGAUGAAGGACGUUCUUGCAAACAAAACGGAAUUUCUUCCCGCCUCGACAGACGAUGAACCUGCAUCAACACAGAAACAAGAACUAUAACAGGAAAAGCUUAUAGGAAACUAAACAAACAAAUUAACAAGAUACAUUUCAUUGGACCAACACUAAAGCUACUUCCCAGUGAAACCUCUAUUAGACGACCACCUGGUGACUCUAAUACUGUGUUUAAACCUCUGUGAAGCGACCACUUGCUGUAUCAAGCACUGCAUUUUUUACCCAAAAGCGAUCGCCUGGUCUCUAAAAAAAUUGUACUCAUUUUUCUGUCGCAAGUGUAAAUUUUUGAGCAUGUUUCAUUCAAAGCAGCUACCGUUAAUAUAGACCGCGAUGGCUCGGUCCCGAGGUUGGCCGCUUAAUAGAGAUAUCACUGUAACAUAGGUAUAACUAUUUUUGAAUUCCUUUUUCAGUCUCUCUCGUUGUUGUUUAGCCGAAUAAUCUGGAAAACUCUGUUCCUGAUGCCCUUGCUUUUGUUAAUUGUGAGGAAGGUCUGCAUUUUUAACGAUUUUAAUUAUAAUGAUGUGAAUUAACAGCGUCCAUCUUUUAAAAUUGUUUAUUUAUACAGAAUGGAUUCUAGACGUGUUAUAAAAAAAAACAUUUAAUGAUUUCUUAAAAGCAAAAAAAUAUAUUGACAUUUACUCUAUGUAGAUUAUAUCAAAUUGUUGGAUGCUUAUAUAAAUAUAAAUUCAUGGACAAAGUAUUAAUAAAGACCUUUUAUGUUUCCCCUA